AUGGACUCCAAGGUCUCCGAAGGCGGUCUGAACGUCACCCUCACCAUCCGGCUCCUGAUGCACGGCAAGGAAGUUGGCAGCAUCAUUGGAAAGAAAGGAGAGACUGUGAAGAAGAUGCGAGAAGAGAGCGGGGCCAGGAUCAACAUCUCGGAGGGAAACUGCCCUGAGCGAAUUGUGACCAUCACCGGCCCCACCGAUGCCAUCUUCAAGGCUUUUGCGAUGAUUGCCUACAAAUUUGAGGAGGACAUAACCAACUCAAUGAGCAACAGCACUGCUACCAGCAAACCUCCAGUGACACUGAGACUGGUUGUGCCGGCUAGUCAGUGCGGCUCGCUGAUUGGCAAAGGAGGCUCCAAGAUCAAGGAGAUCAGGGAGUCAACAGGUGCUCAGGUUCAAGUGGCGGGGGACAUGCUGCCCAACUCCACGGAGCGGGCGGUGACAAUCUCGGGGACACCCGACGCAAUUAUCCAGUGUGUCAAACAGAUCUGUGUGGUGAUGCUGGAGUCCCCACCAAAAGGUGCCACCAUUCCCUACCGCCCAAAGCCCGCCUCCACCCCUGUCAUUUUUGCAGGUGGUCAGGCCUAUACAAUUCAGGGACAAUACGCUAUUCCACACCCGGAUCAGUUGACCAAGCUCCACCAGUUGGCUAUGCAGCAAACCCCCUUUACUCCCCUUGGACAGACCACCCCCGCUUUCCCUGGAGAAAAGCUGCCCUUACAUUCCUCCGAAGAAGCUCAAAAUCUGAUGGGCCAAUCAUCAGGUUUGGAUGCCAGUCCCCCGGCCAGUACUCAUGAACUCACCAUUCCCAAUGAUCUAAUAGGCUGCAUAAUCGGACGCCAAGGGACCAAAAUCAAUGAAAUUCGGCAGAUGUCGGGAGCGCAGAUCAAAAUCGCCAAUGCCACGGAAGGGUCAUCGGAGCGCCAAAUUACCAUCACAGGAACCCCUGCAAACAUCAGCCUCGCGCAGUACCUCAUCAACGCCAGGCUGACGUCUGAGGUCACUGGAAUGGGCGCACUCUAA